AUGAGCCCAGUACUACAGCGCCACAGCCGAGUCAUUCAAAACCUAAGGAAACGAGCGGCUGGUAGCACCUCACCGCUCACCGCCGCGCGCCAUCCACGCGGCAAAGCACGUCUUGACAAUACCCCACCCAAGGGCGCUGACUCAGAGGAGGUGGGCGGGGCGGCCAUGGAUGUGGACAUGGACGUGGCUGAGAUGGGGCUGGAUGCCGGUGACCCGCACCCCCUGGAGAAGCUCGCUGACUCGGACUUCUUCAACAAGUUUGAGGACGACUUUGAGGACGAGGACUUAGCUUAG